UGUAUACUUCCGGUUGUCAACAUGCCGGUGGAAAACUUAGAAGAAGAAGGGUUGGAGAAAAACCCAAAUUAUGAGCUAGCACAAUGGAAAUUCUUGUUGGAAACACCUAAAUACAAAAAUGAUAAAGAAAUUAAAACAAAAAUCCUCAAGUUUGCAGAGGAAAAUAAUAUGGCACCUUAUUAUGAGGAGGUUUGUAAAGAGUUUGGCUGGCCAUGUGAUUCUGGUUUGUUAAAGAAAAUGAAAGAUUCAAACACAGCAGAAUUAAAGAGACUGGAUGAUGCAAUUGAAGACGCUGAGAAAAAUCUUGGAGAAACAGAAAUAAGGGAAUUUAUGUUGAAAAAGGCAGAAUAUUUGUGUAAAAUUGGGGACAAGGAGGGAUCUUUAGCACAGUUCAGAAAAACACAAGAAAAAACUGUGACACUGGGAUACAGACUUGAUUUAGUAUUUCACUUGAUCAGAAUAGGAUUGUAUUAUAUGGAUCAUGAUCUCAUCACAAGGAAUCUAGAAAAAGCACAGACUUUGAUAGAUGAAGGUGGUGACUGGGACAGAAGAAACAGAUUAAAAGUAUACAGAGGAAUGUAUUGUAUGUCUAUACGGGACUUUAAAAAAGCUGCCGGUUUAUUCUUGGACACAGUUGCAACCUUUACAUCUUAUGAAUUAAUGGACUAUCCUUCAUUUGUAACAUAUACAGUUAUCUGCAGCAUGAUUGCAUUGGACCGACCAGAUCUAAGAGAAAAGGUUGUAAAAGGAUCAGAGAUUUUAGAAGUAUUACAUGGUUUACCUAAAAUUAGGAGAUAUCUAUUCUCAAUGUAUGACUGCCAUUAUUCAGAUUUUUUCAGGUUAUUAGCUGAAGUAGAAGACAUAAUGAAAUAUGACAGAUUGUUAGCUCCACAUUAUAAGUACUAUGCCAGAGAAAUGAGAAUAAUGACAUAUACACAAUUAUUGGAAUCUUAUAGAAGUUUAACAUUACAGUAUAUGGCUACUGCAUUUGGUGUCACUAUUGAAUUUGUUGAUCAGGAAUUAUCAAGGUUUAUUGCAGCAGGCAGACUCCAUUGUAAAAUUGACAAGGUAAAAGGCAUUGUUGAGACUAACAGACCUGACAGUAAAAACUGGCAAUACCAGGCUACUAUCAAACAGGGAGACAUUUUACUAAACAGAGUACAGAAACUGAGUCGUGUAAUCAACAUAUAAAGGAACAAAGUGCUAGACUAUAUAUACAUGUAUUUAAUUUCAUUGCCGUUAGCUAUUCAUUUCAAGUAAACAUGUUGAUAUUGAAAUAAAACUCUUUUUUGUAG